AUGCCACAACUAUAUUUGUUGUUAUUUUUACUAUUUCUACUUAUGAUAUCAGGAUCGGGCAGGAAAGCCGUUUACAGAAGGAAUUCUCGGCAACUACGUCGGCUAAGUCGUAAUUAUGAUUGGGAAAUUGACGAACACGGCGGUUUGAAGCCGUUCAAUCCCAGCAAAGUUGCCAGAGCGGCAGAUGAUCAUAUAUGCGCCAAUGACUCAUAUAUUUUGCAGAAAAUUAUGGCUGGUUAUAACCGUCAUAAAAUUCCUGGAGGCCGCGUUGACGUGCAGGUUGAAGUGUGGGUACAAGAGAUUACAACAAUAUCUGAUAUAACUAGCGAUUUCCAACUCGACAUUUAUAUAUCUGAAAUGUGGCUUGAUCCAGCUUUAGUAUAUAGUGAUUUGAAUCCAUGCAAACAAAAUCUUUCGCUCAACAGUGUUUUACUGGAGAAGCUGUGGACACCAAACUCUUGUUUCAUUAACUCUAAAACUGCUGAUAUUCAUAAGAGCCCAUUUCCCAACAUAUUUCUACUAAUAUAUUCCAACGGCUCAGUAUGGACUAAUUAUCGACUAAAACUUCAAGGGCCAUGCUUGAUGGAUUUGACAAGAUUUCCAUUUGAUAAUGUUACCUGUUCUCUAACUUUCGAGUCCUUUAAUUAUAAUACCGAUGAAGUCUCGAUGUCCUGGACUGAGGCGGGUGUGAGCAAAAUGAGGGAAAAAAUGGAGCUGGCUGAUUACGAAUUGGAGAAAAUCACCAAUGUUCGUAAUGCUGAGCCUUAUCCUGCUGGCUUAUGGCAUGAAUUAACUAUGAUGUUCCAUUUCAAACGUCGAGCAGGCUGGUACAUUUUACAAGCAUAUCUUCCAACGUACCUAACAAUUUGUAUAUCAUGGAUUUCCUUCGCUCUAGGAUCGAAAGCUAUUCCAGCACGUACCAUGUUAGGGGUCAAUAGCUUGUUAGCCAUGACGUUUCAGUUUGGAAAUAUUAUCAGGAAUCUACCACGCGUUUCUUAUGUUAAGGCUAUUGACGUCUGGAUGCUAUCAUGCAUGACAUUUGUGUUUUGUUCUCUAUUAGAGCUUGCUUGGGUAGGGUAUUUAUCACGAGAAGACGAGGAUAAUAUUCCUACCAAUCCACCUACUCCAAACUCGGUGAUGCCUCUCCCAGUGAAAACCUCUCCCCCUCCUCCUCACAAUGACUACCACAGCAACAUGAGCACAAUGCAUCGAAAAAACAAAACGCAAUGUGAGGAAGAAUCAGCGGCUUUACUAUCUCUACGUGAUAAUGAUUAUGGAUAUAUACCACCAGGUUUUGGUUUGAAUGGCAGCUUAGCUUCGGCCAUGCGGUCCUUGGGAGGCCGUUGUUCAUGUGAACCUCAUCCGCAAGGAUAUUCAGCUGUUUUGGAUGAAAUUCCAGAAGCUGAAGAAAGACCUGUUGAAGGCUGUUCAAGACGUCAAAGACGGGAAAGGCUAGCUAAACGUAUUGACACUUUAUCUGCUAUAAUGUUUCCUUCUCUUUUCUCCCUUUUCAACAUAGCAUAUUGGAGUCAUUACCUACGAGAUGGCUGA